GGCCGGGCACUUAGGGCCGAGCGAGCGCUCUGCCCGCGCGCCCUCCUUGUCGCCGCAGCCCCGCCAUGCCCGCCGACCUCAGCGGCACCUGGAACCUCCUCACCAGCGACAACUUCGAGGGCUACAUGCUGGCCCUAGGUAUUGACUUUGCCACUCGUAAGAUAGCCAAGAUGCUGAAGCCACAGAAAGUGAUUGAGCAAAACGGGGAUUCUUUCACCAUCCACACGUACAGCAGCCUAAGGAACUACCUUGUUCAAUUUAAAGUUGGAGAAGAAUUUGAUGAAGAUAACAAAGGCCUGGAUAACAGAAAAUGCAAGAGCUUGGUCACCUGGGACAAUGACAGACUCACCUGUGUCCAGAAGGGGGAGAAGAAGAACAGAGGCUGGACCCACUGGAUUGAAGGCGACAAGCUCCACCUGGAGAUGUUCUGCGAAGGCCAAGUGUGCAAGCAGACGUUCCAGAGGGCCUGACCCGCCUCAGCCCAGAGCCGCGCGGGCUGCAGCUCGGCGCCGCAGGCGUGUUCCAGAACGAGCAGGUGUUCAUCCGUCCUGACCUGCUGAUGGGCCCUGUGGCCAGAGGGCGGCCCCACGGCCUGGGCCAGAAGCCAUCUGCAUUGCGGGAAAACUGCUCCGCUUCAAUAAACCUGUCCAACGCCUCUGA